GAAAAAUAUUUUUGAAAGUUAUGGUAUUGGAAAUGAAAUGACAGUGUCUGAAAAUACUAUAGAUGAAAUUAGAAAUUUUUUUGAUGAAUGGAAAAAUAUAAAACAAGAAGGGCAUGAUAAUUUUAAUUUCAACCAAAUUAUGGAGCAACUUAAAAAAAUUGUCAGCGAAGGUUCAAAGGUUCCAAUGGAGGAUUUUAACCACUACACAUUUUAAAAAACAAUACCCAUUGAAAACGAUUUUUCAUCUUUUUACUAUUUUUUUUAUUUUUUUUUGGGUUUUAUAUUUAAGUUUUGAGUUGGUUUUACAUAUAGACAAAAUUUGGGAAAUGUUCAUUUUUUAGCUUUAGAUUAUUAUUUCUUUGCAAAGUCUCAUGUAUUGCUUUAAAACUUGUAUUGUUUUUCUUAAUCUAACAAAAAUCUUUCUUUUUUGGAUAUUGCUUUUUUCCAUACAUAUAAAUAGUUGCAUUGAUAUUCUAAAUUAUUUAACUCCUUUCAUACUUUAUA